AUGCCCCAAGCGAAAACUGAAUGCAAUGUACUGUACAGCAGAGCGACAUCCACUUACUCACCUUUUUUUUAUAUUUAUUUAUUUUAUUUAUAUUAUAUUAUAGGACAAGCAUGUAAAAAUCGACGGAUCUCACUCAGAGAUCAACUUAGGAAGGCAAUAAAAAAGAAAAAAACAAAAAGUGGACAAGCAGCGGACAUACAAAAAAAAUGGACGUAUGAGGACUGCAUGUCUUUUGUAAUACCAUUUUUUAAAGAACGAGAAACGUAUUCUAACAUAUUAUCUCCAGAAAGUGCUAGUGAAGAGUCAAAUGACGAAGAUAUUUCCAAUAAGAAUGACAAAACUACAAAUAAUGAUGUUCUAAAUGAGGAUGAAGAAAGUGAAAAAGAAACUCCGUCAAAACGUAAGGUUAUGGGGUCGCUAUCACAAAAAACAAAAUCUCCAAAAAAAAUGAAAAUUCCAGCUUCAUAUUAUUCUAAGACAAAAAAAAAUAAUAAACCACAAACAGCAUCAUCUGUUUUGAUGAAAUAUAUAUUGGAUAACGAGACAAAUGAUGAACCAAACGCAACAUCUUAUGCGCAUCCAAUCGACACAUUUUUCCAAGGGCUGGCUGCUACUGUUAAAACAUUUUCUCCAGAAUACCAACACAUGGCAAAAAACAAACUGUUUGGGAUAGUGUCUGAUUUAGAGUGGGCACAAUUGCAAAAUAAAUCAGCUAAUCCUCAAAUCCCACUAUCAAUAAAUCCUUCAACAUCAUAUUUUUGCUCUAACACUCAAGUGGCACCAUCACAAAACACGAUUCAAUACAUUCAAACACCAUCACCAUCUUCUAUUUCUAGACCAUCAUCAUCAACAUCAACUACUACUCAACAUUUUUAUGAAAACUUUGAUCCUACAAAUGUUCAAAAUAUGAAUUGACAUUUUAUUGUUUUGUUAAAAUACUGAAUCACUCAAGGUUUUAUAAUAACAGUAAAAUAUUAUAAUAUGUGAAGUCAAUAUAUAAAUAAACAAGUAAAGUUUAUUACAUUUUUUUAUUUUAUAAACGAAUAUUAUUAUUAUAUUUACCUUAAGCACACCAUUAACUCUUCCUUAGCACUUAUAGCUUCUCGAAAUGUUGUAUUUUGUUUUGUGAUUUGAAAAUCGAUUUUAGAUAAUAGAACAUAAAAUUGAUGUUGUGACAUUCUAAAAUAUUUGUAAAAUGAAGUUUCUUCAUCUUGUAAAUCAUUGAACAAUGUAUGAUAUUCCCCAAAUUGCUUUCUUUUAAUUAACAUUUCUCGAACCCAUGUUGUUCUACGUUUUUGGUGACAAUUCUCUUCUUCCUCGUCCAAAAUAAUUGCCAUCAAUGCUAACGUUUAUUUUUUUUAUUAAACUUUGGCAUGAUGAAAUACUUAUAUAAUAAAUUGAUAAUCUAUAUUUUAAUUUAAAACCACAAGACAACUAAAAUAGUAGAUGACAAUUGUUUCAAAACACUUUAGGGUGGUACACUUUCGUAGACCUCAGUAAACUGCAAUCAUUCCUACAA